GAAUAAGAAGCUUCAAGUAAAAUUGCAGCCACAACGGAGAACAAGGGUCACCAGACAGACAGCAAGAUAACAGGUGUUAUGACUGUCCAGACAAAGACUUUUAGCACAGUAGCAACCCAGACAGAUGAACCAUCACCCAAAGAAGCAGAGAACCCUAGCGACAGUGAUGAUGAUAGUGCAGAACCUGAAGAUAGUGAUGACUCAGACUACAAUCAAACAGAUGAUGAAAUGAGUUCUGAUGAUGAUUCAGAUACUGAGUCUGAAAUGAACUACAAACUCAACUCCAAGGCUACCCCAGCUGAAGAAAAACAGUUCAUGGUGAGUGAGUCAGCACUAGCCGAGCUCUUAUCUGUUUGCCGUUACUGCUCUGGGGAAGCUGUUGCCCUUAUAAAAAAUACCAGAGGUUCCAUGGUUGUCACCAACACAGUCUGUUUGAAUGGGCAUGUAUCCAUCUGGACGAGUCAGUCUUGCCACAACACCUUAACAUGGGGUAAUCUGAUGACAGCAACUGCCAUCCUGUGUAGCGGUUCCAACUCAAGUAAGGUUCUUCAGAUGUUUCAACACCACAACAUGCAGACGAUAUCUUCAAGAACUUACAACAGACUGCAGACUUUGUAUGUUUCUCCAUCUGCUUCUAUGGCCUGGGAUGCAGAACAGACAGCACUUCUCACAGAACUGUAUGACAAGGAAGUUAUUGUUGGUGGGGAUGCAAAAUGUGACUCUCCUGGUUAUUCGGCAAAGUACGGGUCAUACACCAUCAUGGAUUUGGAGACCAGCAAGAUUUUAGACUUCCAAUUGGUACAGUGUAAUGAAGUGAAAGGCUCUGCACAUGUGGAGUUGGAAGGUUUGAAGAGGUCCAUCAGAUACCUAGAGGACAUGAUGCACAUCAACAUUAAAGAUCGAGUAACGGACAGGCAUUCUUCAAUCAAGAAGUUCAUGCGUACAGAGCAAGGCACAACAAACCACCUGUUUGAUGUAUGGCAUGUAGCUAAAAGAAUAUCUAAGAAGCUGGAAGCUGCUGCAAAGAGGUCGGGCAGUAAGGACAUUCGUCCAUGGAUCAAGUCCAUAGUCAACCACAUCUAUUGGAUAUCGUCUUCCUGUGGUACUAACGGAGACCUGAAGCUUAGUUCCAUACAAGAGACUAAAGGACAUUGUGGAAAGCAGGUACCUAUUGGUAGAUGUACCCACGUUAUCACCUGUUUACCAGACAUAUUCCUUGGAGGUGUUCCAUUCUUUGGUGAACCACUUCUGCCCAAAGAGCACCCACUUCUUUUACCCAACAAUGUUGCAAGGUAA